ACCUAAACACCAACACUCUCUGUGCUCUCUUGCUAAAAGUCUCCGACUCUCCUUAGCCAUAUCUGGUCUCCCUGGUUUCCCUUCUCUUUCUUCCUCCUUUCCUCGCAUCUCUUCGUCUUCUGUGUGGCAGAAGAAGGAGAUAGCGGAAGAGAGAGAUAGAAAGAAGAAGAUAAACCCACCAAAUGGACCCCUUCAUUUUCUAGAGAAGCAGAAGUCUUCCCCUGUAUUUGCCCUAAACCCUCUCUCUCUCUCUCUCUCUCUCUCUCUUCCCGAAGGAGACACAGGGAGGUUUUCCGCGAUGGCUGCGACGGUGGCGGGGGGCUCAGAGGCGGCGGGGCAGGACGGCCCAGUUCUGAGCAUGAUGAACAAGAGGCUCCGCGCCCUCCGUAAGAAGUAUAAUAGAAUCCUGCAGACGGAGGAGAGCAAGGCACAGGGGAAGCCCAUCAACAAGGAGCAAGAGGACGUUCUGCGCUCGAAGCCUGCCGUCGUCGCCCUCAUAGAAGAGUACGAGAAGCUCCGCCAGCCCCUCUCCGCGGCAGUCAACGAGGAGCUCUCCCUCUUCAAGGCCCGCGAGGAAGCCGCCCUUGCCUCUGCCUCCGCUGCAUCCGCCACCGUUGCCGCCACUCCCGUUGCCGAGGAGGAGGAGGAGGAGGAAGAAGAGGCCGUCGUGGAUAGGCAGCCGGAGAUCACAGAGCGGCCGCCUUCAGCUUCUGGGGAUCUGUUGGAUGAGACCGUGGAAGAUCUGCUGAAGUUGCUGUACUUCGGGACCCUGUUUGAUGUUAGGUUGCAGACGGACUUCACCCCCAUCAUGCUCACGAAGGCCCACGAACGGAGCUCGUGCUUGAUCUACGACUAUGUGACCGAGGAUGCUACCGAUCUUCUCGUUGAAAGGGACCUGGAUUUGCUCUCUCUUAUGGGAAGUCUCAUAAUUUCCCGACCUUCAGACUCCACUGUCUCUCACAGAAAUGCGUUACAAGAAUGCGUUCGCCAUGCCAAGCUCUGGCUCCUCAACUCCAACCAGAGCAUCCAUCCCAAUGCUGGGGUUUCCUAUGCACGGUUGAGAGAAAGGCUUAACAAGAUACUCUCUUCGGAUUACUUCACCAUGACCCCGCAGAUGACAAAGUUGAGCCAGCAAACAGCUGCCGAGGCUGCCGCUGCUGUGGCUGCUGCAGCUGCUGGGAACUAUAAUCCACAAAUAGCAACUCAAGAACCGACAAACAUGCAGCAGCAGGACUUUCUUCCAGAAGAAGCUGUAUCUCAUUACCAGCAAGUGAAUGAUCUGGGAGAAUACAACGGAAACGAUUUGUCUGGUGGUUCAUCUACGCAUGGUGAUCCCUCUAGCCCUAACGUAGAGCAACUUCCAAAGGCUGAGGAAGAGGAUUAUCUUGAUCCUUCUGAAGAUGCUCCAAAUUCACCACCACCAUCCUCACAAGACCAGCCAAAACAGAUAGACUCGGAGCAAAAUGGAGAUGUUGAAUAUAGGGAACGGGAAAACUUUCCACGGAGGCAGUACCCCAACCCAAGAGGAAGUGGCCGUGGUGGGCGAAGAGGGUACAUGAAUGGGCGUGGUGGUCGCGGUAGCAGAGGAGGAGGUUUCCAGAAUGGUCGGAACCAAUACUAUGAUGCUGGAAAUAACUAUUACCCAAGAAACUAUUAUGGUCAUCCUAGAGGAAGGGGACGUGGUGGUGGAAUGAUGUACAACAAUAGUGGCAGCCAGGCAGCAGCCGGAGGCCGUGGCAUUCAGAUGCAUGGAGGUGUAGUAGCUGCAGAGCAAGCUUAGUUGUUGCCUUUCCUUGGUUUUGAGAAGCUUUUGAUGUCAUACAGUGGUGGUAGGUGCCCGCUUAGUUGUAGGGGAAAAAGAGGGGUCUCUGCUUGGACUUGGGUGAAAAUGUUGGUGAACUUUAUCGAUAACUACAUAAUCCAUCUUCAUCUGAUGUUUUGUGGUGUACCAGAGGUAUUCAUUCUCUCUAACAUUGUUGACAUAUUUAAUAGCAUCUUUAUUGCCCUUUGUGC